AUGCUGGCUUUGUGUGGUCGCAGUACCAAACCAAGCAGUGGUAGUACCAGAAGAGGCGAGAAGGGUAACCUCGAUGUGUUCCGACAUUUGGUUACGGGAGACACAUGGAAGAAACUGUCACCGGAAGAUCGGAUGAUUCUGGAAGAUAAAUACCGAAUGUGGGUCGGGCGCAGACCGGGAUGGGAUAUCACCCUGGAACCGCCGAGAACGCCGGAAGCAGACGCUUUCAGAAAGAAGUUUGAAGAAGAUACAAUGAGAAUGGUACAAGAAAAGCGCGAAGCAGAGAGAAAGCGCUUAGAAGAGAAGGAGAAAGCUGCGGCAGAGAAGGGUUUAGCCGAAGCAGCUAAAGGUCACGCACCUAUCCCAAUGGCAAUACUGAAGAAACAAGACGAGGGAGAAGCAGCGGUGAUCAGACAGUCACUGAUACAGCAAAUUGACACCAUCCUGCAAGAUCCACUCGCCGUGUCGAAAGAAGAAUACAAGAUAUUCUUGGACGAAAAGGUCAGCCUAACGAAAGGAAAUAGGCCGUCUCAGGUCAUCAAGAUUGCGAUUGAGGAACGAAUCGACAGGAUGCGAAACUUCCGAAAACGAGAGAAAGAUGUGGUUGAGGCCCUUCGGAACUUCAAGAAAGAGGAGUUCAAACGCCCAAAAUCGCCUCAAAGGGAUGAUCGCAACCGCGGCUAUGAAAGGUCAUCAGACCGCUCCCGAGAAAGGUCAUGGGAAAGACAUCAUAACGACCGAUACAGUGGAUAUGCGAGAGAUACGCGUACGUCGGAGCAAAAGAGAAGGGAUGAAGAACGUAUCCGACGUGAAAAAGAACAAAGAGAAAAGCGCCGCCAGAAGAAGCGGAAGAAAAGCGCUUGGCGGAGGAAUACAGGAAAAUCAACGAAACCUGUAAUAGGCAGCAGGAGAAGGAACGGGCUGCUAAGGAAACGCAGAAUCGCGAUUCACAGAAUCGAGAAGGAAGAAGUGAGGGCUCGAGUAAAUCAACAUCCUCAAAGGGGGCCAUAUGAUCAAGAGUGGGUCCAGGAUAACUGGAAUAUGGAUGAUUAUGAGUUUGGAGAUAAAUCUUACAACAGUAAAAGGUCAUCCAGCUCAGAAAGCCACCGCACGCCUAAGAGCCCGCGCAGAAUGCAAUCAGUAGUUCAUUCUGUUUGUUCAACGUUCAAGUCAGCCGAGAAACAACCGGCACAGCAGAUGGAUGAGGUCAUGGAAUGUAGUCCAGCAUCCUCAAAUGUCAUUGAAGUCCAUGGAGACGAGGACAUGCGACCGUCGAGACGAAACAUCAUCUUCGAUCUGGAGCGACAACUUACAAGCGCAGAGACGGCGAGUAAUGCACCGCCAGAAUCAGAUUCAGAGAAGGGCGACCAGAAAGGUCAAGCAAGGGUCACCGCUCCGAGGAGACAUUCCCUCCAAACCAUCGAGCUGGUAUACGAAAUGAAUGAUAUCAUGGAGCAGACGAACGAGAUUUGCCGUUCGGUGGGCAUCGCGCCGGAUAAUAAAGAAGAAUUCGACAAAGUUUAUUGGCUUCUCAUGAACUUGCGCCAGGUCAUUAACGACUCGGGAUACGCGAAGGAAUACGAGUAUGGCCAAUGGGAAGACCUUAUCAUUACGCAAGAAUCGGCGAAUCUUCAUUAUUUCCCAACGAGAGAAUGUGGCCUUGUCAGUUUGAUUGACCUGAGUCUCUUGGAAACACCAUUGGACACUCCCGAUCCAACAGGAAUGACGCAGUUCCAAUACAGAGACAUCAAGGAAAGACGACUCCACGUAGCACAAUUUGUGUUGCGACAUGUGAACCCGGCGUUGAGACUCCUCGCAGGAAGGGCUGCGUUAGGAUUGUUGGUCAAACCAGAUUCUCCGCCCGAUCAUCGCGCCACGAUUCAGAAGAUUUUUGCAGCAAGGCUCGGCCAUUACGAAUCGCAUCACCAGCUGCGAAAGAGCGCCCAAAGAGGUAUAGAGAUACCGCCAGCACUGACCGCGCAAGUUAUAAAGCUGGGAAUGCCUGUUAAGAACUUUAACUCCUCGGAAACGGCCAGGAGGCAGCUGAAAGACGUCCAGAGAGCAAUGAAUUUCGAUGAAAGUCUGAGACGUCAGGCGAAGAUGCACGCACACCGAUGUGCAGAGCGAAUCAGGAUUACGAUGGGAACAAGAUUCAUCCAGCCAUCCGACUUCUUCUAUGAUUUCAUCCAAGAAAUCAGCGUAAAUAGAGGCAGCUACCGUCCAGAGCUCGCGAGACAGCCGCAGGAAAAUGAAAUGAAACGAAGAGGACGAAGAAACCAACAGCUGCAUUUGGACUAUGUCGAAUUGUGCAAGAGGUCACGGGAUAAUCCAUACGAUGAAGGAUUAAAAGCGCGAAUGGUUGACGCUCGAGAUCAUCUGAUCCGUAUUCAGCGCAGACGUGACCGAAAUCGGCACAGUGGUGCUAGCAGCCGGAGCGAAGGAGACGAGCUGCAAGAGAGGGGAAUGGAACCUCGAGAUCGAACGUCUGAUCAGAAUGAAAAACAAAGACGUUUCGAUCGGAACCGCGACGAUGGUUCAAAUGAUCAGUGAUGACCUUUAGGGCAUCGCUGAUGUGCUAGUUACGGCCAUCAGUCGGCAGCACGAGAAUGGUAACGAAGGGGAUCAAUGUGAUCUUUAAUAUGGGGAGUUACGGAGGUCAUCCGGCCCUCGAAGCAGGAAGAGUAACGGCGUUAACCGGCCUUCCUCAUUACAUUUAAACGUCACUUCUAGAGUGUAGUUGCGGCCUACCUAGUCGGCACACUCUUAAGGAAUGUCAGAAGCCACAAGGGUGAAAAAGAGAAAGAGUUCAAGAAAAUAGGGGUAAAAACUUUCAGAUGUUGAGGUUACGGCGACAACCGGCCUCAGAAGAGAGGAGUUACGGCGUUAACCGGCCCUCGAACCUGGUAAGGAAAAGAAGAAAGGUGCGCGUCAAUUGGCACUAAAAGAAAGGAAAGGAUGUGCGACAGAAGAAAAUGGUUGAAAAAGAUAGAUGACCUUUACAAGGGAGGCAAGCAGAAUUGCUUGAAAGCCA